AGAGCAGAAACGAUGGAAAUCUACCAAGGAUAUGUGGAGGGCCGCUCUGCUCCUUCCUUCUGCUCCUCCGAUCAUCGACUCCAACCGCAGCAAAAUCAGACUCCCCAUUCCUUCAUUUCUUGAACCCAGUAAACCUCGAAACUUCAUUGCCUACCCAAAUUCAUCAUCUCUUCCUUUCCGAUGUUCCCUUGAUCAUGGAGCGGUGCCGGCCGGAGACCAUCAACCGGAGGGUCAGCGGAACCAGGGAUUCUGGAAGAAAUGGAAGGCUAAUUCAGCUGAAAUUAGAGCGAAACUGGCUAGAUUUGGGCUUACAGCUGUUCUUGCCUAUUGUUUGUUUGAUGGAGUGAUAUACACCUCUUUCUUUGUCCUUGCAUUUCUUGGAUAUGAGAAGAGUACGGGAAAGAAUCCUGUGGCAAAUCAAUCUUAAGGCAUUAUUAGGGGUAAGGAAAACUUAAAGUAUUUAUAUGUUCAUCUAAAUUGUAUGCAGCUUAAGGGCUUGGUUUUGGUAGUUAAGAUGUAAUUAUUGGAAGUCUUGCAUUUUGAUUCUAUUAUGGUCUAGUUAUGAAAGAGGAAGGAUGGUGGUUUGGUUUGUUCCCCAUCUAAGUUUUGGAUUAUUAGCAUAAAAAAAAUAGGAUUUGUAUAUUAAUGGGAAAUUUGACAACUUCAAUAUAUAAUAAGAAUUUGUUAAUAUAGUUAGCACAGUCUAUAAUUUGUGAGGUAAAUUGAAUUGGAGAGAUAUAAAUGUUUGAAGUUGGUUGAGAUUUAAAUCCAACUUGCAGUCACAAACUUCCUGCUCUGCUACUUCAAAACAAAUUAAUAGAUGAAGUCAUGAAAGGAAGUAAAUUACAACUAAAAAGAAAGGUUACUACUAUAGGUUAUGGCCAAGAAAAAGGUUAUUACUAUAGGUUUGACUAGCAUUUUGCACCUAUUUUUUGAUUUUGAUAGCUUACCUUGAUAGUGAUUCAGGCAUGUUCAGAUGCAUUAUAAUAGCUUUAUUAUCAAAUACUUUACGGCAUUGAGAUCAUUUCUAUGGAAAAGAAAAAAAGAAAGAACUUCAUUUCCUAAUAAGUAGUAGACAACAAUAGGACAUCAGAAUUUUAUGUCCCUAUGUAUACAUCAUACAUGUGCAGUUCCCUGACAUGAGUCUGUUUAGGUUUGACUUCCUCUUGUAAUGUGUCACUGUUGUGUUAUCCACUAGGAUAAGUGUUCACUCCAAAAAAAUUAUUGACUAAUGU